AUGCCGAAGAAGGGUAAAGGUCGUAUGGGAAGUCCUCUUUACUGGGGAAUGCUCAAUCCCAUAGAUAUGCAGCGUUAUAACUAUCUUAGACUUGCAUUGUCCAGCAGCGAAACUAAAAAUCAGAGGAAUCGUCGCAUUGCAACUUUUACAGAAGCGAUGGAAGCUGUUCGUGGUUUUGCAAUUCGUGGGGACUCUAAUGAUAAGCUUAGAUGCCUUGUUUGUGGAAUUGCCUGGCUUCCAGAAGGAAUUGCAAUCAACACCCAUCAGCUCAAAUUAUUGAUUUCAAGAUGUAAAUCUUCAAUCAAUGGAAGUCUUCAGAAACUCGGAUUUACAGAAAACCUUGGAAGGACAGCUGCAGCAAAUGCUAUGAUUGCCCAAUACUCAUUCCUUAAAGAAAACUCUACUGAGUUGCGUAAGUGGUCUGUUAGAAGGAAGCCAUCAAGUACACCAAUUGAAACAUUGAAUGCCUUCGCUAUCAAAUCUUACGCACCUGAUCAGCUCUCACAGAUCGUUCCUCCAGUUGAGCAAACCCCUCCACCAUCAGAAAUUAAAGAGCAAUCAAACGAACCAAAGAUUGACUUCCUUGAUAACUUUGAUUUUACAGAUUUUCAGGAGAGUAUGCUUUGGGGGUAA